AUGAGUCAUUCUUUUAUUGGUGCUAUUGUCUCUGAAACUAAUUCGUUCAUCCUGUGCAAGCAGGCUCUUGGGCUUCUGUGCAAUACAUUGAAGGACUCUAGCACAGUGGACAUGAAACAUGAGAGAAGGGGAUUGAGAAUAAGCUCAACAAGCUCUUGGAUUUAUCUGAAUGAAAAUGAUCUAGCAUCCUUAAACAGAUUGUGUUUGGAAAUUGUAAAGUUAAUUGAUGAUUCUGAUACUGAGUCAAAUGCUUCUUUGAAACUGGCAGCAGUUUCAACAUUGGAGGUUUUAACCAGCAGGUUUCCGUCCAACGAUUCAGUUUUUAGCAUGUGCCUUGCAUCUGUUGUUGAAAACAUCAGUUUGACCAACUUUGCUCUCUCUUCUAGUUGCCUUCGGACAACUGGUGCUUUGAUCAGUGUGCUUGGGCCAAGGGCACUCUCUAAGCUUCCUUUUAUCAUGGAGCACUUGCUUAGUUUUUCUCGUGAUGUCUCCUCAUCUGUGGCUGCAGAAACCAGAAGUGGUGAUGAUAAUACUUUUAUUGCAUUAUCAAAUUCUAGGGAAUCUCUCUUCAUGGCAAUUCUUGUCACCUUAGAGGCAGUUGUGAGCAAUCUUGGUGGUUUUUUAAAUCCAUACCUUGGAGAUAUUCUAGAACUUGUAUUGUUGCAUCCUGAAUAUGCAUCCAGAUCAGAUCUGAAGUUAAAAUUGAAGGCCGGCAUAGUACGGAAGCUUAUCAUUGAGAAAAUUCCUGUUCGACUUUCACUCCCACCCCUGUUGAAAAUAUACUCCAAAGCUGUCAAAACUGGGGACUCAAGUUUGUCCAUUACUUUUGAAAUGCUAGGAAACUUAGUGGUUACCAUGGAUAAAUCAUCAAUUGGCGCUUAUCAUGCAAAUAUUUUUGAGUUGUGCUUACUAGCACUUGAUCUUCGCCGUCAACAUUCUGUUUUAAUCAAGACCAUAGAUGAUGUUGAAAAAAAUGUCGUCAAUGCAAUAGUUAAUCUGACUAUGAAACUUACAGAGACCAUGUUCAAGCCCCUUUUCAUUCGCAGUGUUGAAUGGUCAGAGUCAAAUGUGGAAGAAAGUGAAGGUGCAGGAAGCUCAAAUAUUGAUAGAGCUAUUUCUUUUUAUGGCUUGGUAAAUAAACUUGCUGAAAGUCAUCGAUCGUUGUUUGUCCCAUACUUCAAGUACUUGCUCGAUGGUUGCGUACUUCAUCUCACAGUUGCUGAAGAUACAGAGAUAGGUCUGACUCGAAAGAAAAAGAAGGCCAAGCUGCAAGUAGCAAACAGUAAAAAGAAGGAUGGCAAUGGUGCAUUGACUAUUGGAAUGUGGCAUCUACGGGCAUUGGUUCUUUUGAAACCCAUUGUUUCGCUGCUUGCUACUGACCCACCGACUUCUCUAGAAGAGCAUCCCAACAUACCUUCUGUACAGGAUUUCGAUGAUUUGUUGGUUGCUUGCAUUGGUCAGAUGGCUGUUACAGCUGGCACUGACCUUCUUUGGAAGCCCCUGAACCAUGAGGUGUUGAUGCAAACACGUAGUGAAAAGGUGCGAUCCCGUGUUUUGGGCCUGAGAAUUGUCAAAUACCUAGUGGAGAAUCUGAAAGAAGAAUAUCUAGUAUUAUUGGCUGAAACCAUUCCCUUCCUUGGUGAAUUGCUGGAGGAUAUUGAGCUACCUGUUAAAGCUCUUGCCCAAGAGAUCCUCAAAGAAAUGGAGUCCAUGAGUGGUGAAAGCCUUCGACAAUACCUCUGA